CUGAGUUACGUGAACUUUGAAUUUUCAGAGUAUUCAGAAUACAGGAAUUCAACAUGCUUUACAAUAAAGGAAAGAGCUAUUUAUCACCCCAGAUUUCAGGAAGAGCUUAUCACCUUCUUAAAAUUUAUUUUAAAUGGUUUUAACCCACAUUUCAAACUAUCUGGAAAUCCCAGUGACCUACUCGAGAGUUCUGUGGAUUCCCUGUAGCACACUUUCUCAUUUCCAUCUUUGGCGAGGACCUCUUGCUUUAGCUACUCUUCUUCUAGGGUUCGAAUCUUGCGGCUUUUUCUUCAUUUCUGCUCUGAUGUCAAUUAUGGGAGUUUGUUGAUGCUUAGACACAAAAUAACUAAUCAUAUCAUGUGAUUUGUCCUGGGGUAAACUUUACUGAAAGCUUUGCGUGGGGCAGCAGGAGAGCGACAGCAGAAACACAAACAGCUUCAGCUUGAGUUCUGGACAAACUUGCCCUCUGAGUCCUUUGGCCAGAGAGGGGCUAUUCACCCAGCCUCUCCCUUCGUUUUUCCUUCCCUGUUGGUGCCAAAUGGGGUUGAAUACAGUUACCUGCAGAAAACAGGUAAUCAUGGGAGGACGGAAGAUGCCAAGAGAUGAAGAAAAUGCCUAUGGUUUCCAGGAGUUCAGGUCCGCCCUGCAGGAGCGCAGGCUGCGCCUCCUCCUGGCCGGGAGGUCGGGGACCGGGAAGAGCGCCACGGGCAACAGCAUCCUCCAGCGGAAGCACUUCCUCUCCAGGCUCGCGGCCACGGCGGUGACCAGGGCCUGCGCCACGGGGAGCUGCCGCUGGGCCUCGUGGGACGUGGAAGUCCUCGACACCCCCGACCUCUUCAGCCCCGAGGUCGCCCAGGCAGACCCGGGCUUCGAGGAGAGAGGCCGCUGCUACCUGCUGUCGGCCCCGGGGCCCCACGCCGUGCUCCUGGUGACCCAGCUCGGCCGCUUCACCGCCCAGGACCUGCGGGCCUGGCAAGGGGUGAAGGCGCUCUUCGGGGCGGGCAUCGCGGCGCGCACCAUCGUGGUCUUCACCCGCAGGGAGGACCUGGCGGGGGGCUCGCUGCAGCAGUACGUGCGCGACACCGACAACCGCGCGCUCCGGGAGCUGGUGGCCGAGUGCGGGGGCCGCUGCUGCGCCUUCGACAACCGAGCGGCCGACGGGGAGCGGGAGGCGCAGGUCGGGGAGCUGAUGGGGCUGGUGGAGGAGCUGGUGAGGGACCACGGCGGCGCCCCCUACACCAACGACGUGUACCGCCUGGCGCAGACCCUGGGCGGGCUGAGCCCCGAGGAGAGGCUGCGCAGGGUGGCGGAGCGACUGGCUGCCCACGCGCCGUCGUGGCCGGAGCGCUGGCCUCUGGCUGGGUUGUGGCGGUGGCCCAAGGUGGGGCCGGGGACCCGGUGUAAGCUGGGCCUGGCCUCCCUGCUGGGUGCCCUGUUCCUGCUGUACCUGCUCUGCAGGCGCCGGCCCGAGGCGGUGACGGUGUGACCUCAGUCUUGCAGGUCACCUGGCAAGAAAGGACCUGGACCUUAGAUCUGAAGGGGGAUUUCCAAGGAAUCAUGCUUACUCCAGCACAUAGUUUUAAAAUAAAGUUGUACCACUCUAAAACAUCCU